UUGAUAUUUGAAUGUGAGCUUUGAAAGCUGCACAAGGUGACCGCUUCAAAGAGUCAUUGUACAACACCGUGUUACCGUGUUACCAAAACUGAAAGCUUUAUGAUGUAACAGGCAGCGCGCAAAGGGACAGAAGUCGAAGAAACAGUACCAAAAACAGUCUAAAAAUAUGACAAACAACAACAACAACAAUAACGUAACGAAGUUUAAAAGUUGUUAUUGGUGAGCGCGUAGCCGAGGGAAACGAAGGGCUCUGAAACUAAUUGCUCAGCAUGGGAAUCCAAGCGCCGAGAUAAAUACACCACGCGAAACCGGCUCGGGCAUUCAGUUUGUCGCUGGCCGACGGAAGUGACGGACCCGCUCAACUGGAGCACGGCUGUAAAACUCGACGUCAUCGCGGGGGAAAUUCAACGAGAGUCGCGUCGCUUUAAAUUGGAAUACAAUGGAGUACCUGCAGUACGCCUAUGAGAAAAUAUUCGGAGCCGAUGCGACGUUGUCAGACGGCACGCAGGGCAUCUACCAGACUCCACGCAAAGUGGUUUGUUUUGGCAACGUGCUGCUGGAUCGCAUUGUCAAGCUGGAGGAGCCGGAGCUGCUGCAGCGCUACGAGCUGAAGCUGGGCUCCAAGGGUGAAAUGGAUCUGCAGCAGCUGAGCAACAUGGCCACCGAGGCAGCCAGCAGCUCCGGCUGCCUGAGCAAUCCGGGUGGCUCGGCCUUGAAUACGGUGCGCAUCUUGAAGCAGCUGGGCACGGAUGCCCAGUUCUUUGGAGCGAUUGGCGCCGAUAAGCACGGCGAGCUGCUGCACUCCAUAUUGCUGGAUCGCGGCAUUGAGGCGCGCCUGCAGAUCAUCGAGGAUGUGCCCACGGGCCAGUGUGUGUGCCUCAUGCACAACGAUAAUCCCACGCUGUAUGCCAACGUGGGCGCCUCGGCGCAUUUCUCGGUCGAGGAGCUGAAGCGUGCCGCCAGCCACGAUACUCAAAGCUUUCUGCGUCCCAUUGAACGCAAGCAAAUCCUCUACAUUGAGGGCUUCUUUUUGCCGCAGCGCAGCGAGGUCGUGGACUAUAUACAGGUGCAUCUGGUGCGGGAGCGUCGCUACCUGGCGCUGAAUCUCAGCGCUCCCUACAUAGUGCGCCAGCACUCGGACAAGAUGCUGGAGCUGGCGCGGCGUGCGCUUCUAAUAUUUGGCAAUCGCCAGGAGUUCGAGGAGCUGGCCAAGACAGCCGGCUGCCAGAGAGUGGAGCAGCUGGCACAACAGCUGCUGCAGUCCGGCAGCCAGCCCAAGAUCAUACUCAUCACCAACGGCGCGGCGGGCGUGCAGCUGGCCACCAACUAUGUGGCAGAGCUGUCGCCGCCGGGCGAGCUCAGAUUCGAGGAUUACCGGGCACAGCGCGCCGAGCAGCUGGUGGAUGCAACGGGCGCCGGCGAUGCCUUUGUCGCCGGCUUUCUGCACGCCUGGCUGGAGAAGCGUUCGCUGAGCGAAUGCGUGCGCCUGGCCAGCCAAGUGGCCGCCAAGGUGGUCACCCAGGUGGGCUGCAACCUGCCUUAGCCUGGCGCCAGACCUCGUCUCUGUCUUUGGUAUGCGGAUCACACAAAGAUUUCGUUGACUCAGCGAGCGCGCACACUGACACCAAAGUAGACCUUUCUUACACGAAUCUUACACUAUAUACUAUAUAUAUAUAUAAAUAUAUAUAUAUAUAUUAAUAUAUGUACUUAGUUCCUUAUGAGACAAUGCACUUAGUGAGUAAUCUAUUUGCGCUCUGACUGUGGUUAAACAAUGAGAAAAUAUUUACAAAUAUAUUCAAUAAUAAAUGUUUUCAUAUCGAAAA